AUUUUACUUCUCAUUACACUUGUGCUACUUUGGAGCAAAUUAUGGGGACUGUGCUUCCGAGAGUAAACAGCUGAGAGUGAAGGUGGAAGAGGAUAUUCCAAGAGAGCAGAAGUCCAUCCUUCUAGAAAAGUCUGCUCUGAGGCCCCUUGAGCUACUGUUUCAGAACAGAGACCAGAUACUGACAUCAAGAAGCAGAUCCCGGAGUAGUUCCUGAGCAUUCCACCUGGGAAGAUCAGGACUUGGUUAAGUCACCGCAUCUGGGGAGCAGUGAGCAAGAGCUGACUAUGAGGGAUCUGAUCCAAGCGCUUGAAGAGAAGAGUGAGAGCUAUCAAAGGAUUGCUGGCUUGCCUUUGCAGGACUCCACCCUUCCACAAGUGGAAAGCACAGACAAGGAGGAUAUGGUUCCUGGGCUCCUGCUCUCCAAGCAGGAAUCAGUGACAUUCGAGGAUGUGGCAGUGGACUUCACCCAAGAGGAGUGGAAGCAGUUAGAUCAUGCUCAGAAGGACUUGUACAGAGAUGUGAUGCUGGAAAACUAUACGAACCUGAUCUCUUUGGGCCAUCAGGUUUCCAAACCAGAUGUGAUAUCUAAGUUGCAACAAGGAGAAGAGCCCUGGAUAGUGGGGAGAGAAAUCCCAAGAGGCACCUGCCCAGACUGGAAGACUAGUCCUGGAAUCAAGAAAUCAACUAUAAAGCAAGAAGAAGAAUUAACCCAGGAAGCAACAAUGGAAAGAUUCACAAGAGAUGGUCUUUGGUUUUCCAAGUUAGAAAAAUCCUUUGAAUGGGAUAAUCAGUUAGGGUGGCAUAAGGGAAUCCAGGAGAAACAACUGAGGCAGAUGACCAUCAGCCACAAGAAACCUUUCACUGGGAAUAUAGGCCCUGAGUGUAACGAAUUUGGAGUCAGCUUUAGCCUGAGCUCAAUCCUUAUUACAAAACAGAGAGUUCAUAUAGGAGACCAUAAACUUCGUAAAGAAGGAAAGAUCUUCAAACAUAAUUUAGAUUCAAUUAAACAUCAGAGAAUACAUGCAGGGAAGAAACAACACUAUGAAUGUAAUGAAUGUGAGAAAGCUUUUAGUCGACAUGAGCAACUUAUUCAGCAUCAGAAAAUUCAUGUUGUGGAGAAACCAUAUGAAUGUAAUGAAUGUGGGAAAGCCUUCAGCCGGAGUACAAACCUUGUUCAGCAUCAGAGAAUUCAUACUGGAGAGAAACCAUAUGGAUGUAAUCAAUGUGGCAAAGCUUUCAGCCAGCGUGCACACCUUCUUCAGCAUCACAGUACUCACACUGGAGAGAAACCUUAUGAAUGUAUUGUGUGUGGGAAAACCUUCAGCCAGAAUACACAUCUUAGUCAGCAUCGGAGAAUUCAUACUGGAGAGAAACCCUAUGACUGUAAUGAGUGUGGGAAAGCCUUCCGUCAUCUUUCUUCCCUAACCCAGCAUCAGAGAAUUCAUACAGGAGAGAAGCCUUAUAAUUGUAAUCAAUGUGAGAAAACUUUUAGGCGAUGUACAGAGCUUACUCAACAUCUUAGAAUUCAUUCUGGAAAUAAGCCCUAUGAAUGCAUUGAAUGUGGGAAAGCCUUCAGCCGGAGUACACACCUUAACCAACACCAGAGAGUUCAUACUGGAGAGAAACCCUAUGAAUGCAAUGAAUGUGGGAGAACCUUCAGCAGUAGGUCAUCCAUUGCUCAGCAUCAGAGAAUUCAUACUGGAGAGAAACCCUAUGAAUGCAAUGAAUGUGGAAAAUCAUUCACCCGAAGUACAAUACUUGCACAACACCAAAGAAUUCAUUCUGGAGAGAAACCAUAUAAAUGUAAGCAAUGUGGGAAAUCAUUCACUGACAAGUCAUCAAUUUUUCAGCAUCAGAAAGUACAUGCUAGAGAGAAGCCCUAUGAAUGUCAUGAAUGUGGGAAAUGCUUCAGUCAGAUUUCAUACCUUAUUCAACAUCAGAGAAUUCAUACAGGAGAGAAACCCUAUGAAUGUAAUUAUUGUGGAAAGGCCUUUGGCAAUAGAUCAUCCAUUAUACAACAUCAAAGAAUUCAUACUGGAGAAAAGCCUUAUGAAUGUAGUGAAUGUGGGAAAUGCUUUAAUCAGAUUUCAUACCUUACUCAACACCAGAGAAUUCACACUGGAGAAAAACCUUAUAAAUGUAAUGAAUGUGGGAAAGCCUUCAGGUGGAGUACACACCUUACUCGACAUCAAAAAACUCAUGUGGAAGGGAAACUUCAUAAAUAUAAUUAACAAGUAUUCAUUAAGCACCUACUUAAAUGGAAAUUUUAUGUUUGUAGGAAGAUACAAGUAUUA